UUCAUCUUGGCAUUUGAAUUAUUAUGCUAUGGCAGGGAUGGAGUGAGCGAGUCCCAGUUCAACCAAAUUCUAAAUGCUGAGCUAGAGCAGAUCAUCAAGGCUUGCAAGUUUCGAGAUGAGAGAUGGGAUCCCAAGUUCAUGCUGGUUGUGGCACAAAAGAACCACCAUACCAAGAUUUUCCAAGCCAACUCUCCUGAAAAUGUCCCUGAAGGAACCGUGAUUGACAACGAAAUCUGUCAUCCUAGAAAUAAUGACUUCUACUUGUGUGCUCAUGCUGGUCCAAUUGGAACAACACGACCAACGCACUACCAUGUCCUAUACGAUGAGCUCGGCUACUCUCCUGAUGAUUUUCAGGAGUUUGUGCUUUCUUUGUCCUAUGUGUACCAGAGAAGCACUACUGCCAUCUCUAUAGUUGCGCCUAUACGCUAUGCGCAUCUUGCCGCUGCCCAGAUGUCUCAGUUCCUCAAGUUUGAUGACUUCUCCCACAGUGGCGGAGGCGCGCCGGCUGUACCUCAGUUUCCGGUCCUGUGUAAGAAUGUCCGCAGCUCCAUGUUCUUUUGCUGAGUGCCACAUGUGAUCAAAAUCAGCUUUGCAU